CGUGUACAUUUUAAAGUGGCGCUAAAUCUCGAUUGCACUUGGUCAAGCUGUUCGAUAUAUUCGUUCGAGUGCAAAUCUGGCUUCCCUGGGGAAAAUGGUGGUCGAGGGGAAACAGUCCCUACCACCGGCCACAAUAACAGAGUAUUGACAGGCAUUAGGCCUUGUUCAGAGGAGGCAUUUUGGAAUAGGAUAAAAAUUUUCUGACUAAAUGUUUAAUUUGGAAAGCAAACAGAUUCCUUUUUGUAACGGGUAGUAACAAUAUAGGAGAUAAUUUGAAAUUCGACUAGAAAUUAUCUAAUACGUAUCGUGCACGGCUACACGAGGAUGGUGGCUCCCUCGGUUCAAAUGUAAAAAGCUGCAAAGAAAGUGAAAUUUGCGAAUUAUCUUUCCGAUUCGGUACAAGACGAAUGUUGAACAAAUAUCGUUGCAAAACGAAUCAGUCGGUUUCUAAAAAUAAACAUUUAUUCUGGAAUAUUUGGUUAUUUAUCAACCUCGAAAAUGUCUUCUGUGAAUUGAGCAUAACGUCUGUCAAUGCUGUUUUGCUUUGAGCAAGUAGUGGGGACCAUUUCCCCUUGACCGCCAUUUUCCCCAGGGAAGCCAGAUUUGCUCUCGUGUGUUCAUAUAUUUGAGACGGCACACGUUCUCAUUGGAUCCGAAUAACAUUCAAUAAAAUCGAGAAUAUCUAAAGACGAGCACGGAUCAAUAUUUACUCGUAAAAUAUGAAAUACAUUUUAGUAACUGGUGGUGUAAUAAGUGGAGUCGGUAAAGGUGUUAUUGCCAGUUCUUUUGGUACUAUACUUAAACAUUGCGGCAUUCGUGUGACAUCUAUUAAGAUAGAUCCUUAUAUAAAUAUUGAUGCCGGAACUUUUUCACCUUAUGAACAUGGGGAAGUAUACGUAUUGGAUGAUGGUGGAGAGGUAGAUCUUGAUCUUGGAAACUAUGAACGUUUCUUAGAUGUGACUUUACACAGAGACAACAAUAUUACAACUGGGAAAAUUUAUCAGCAUGUAAUUUCAAAAGAAAGGCACGGUGAUUACUUGGGAAAAACAGUUCAAGUGGUACCUCACAUAACAGAUGCUAUCCAGGAAUGGGUUGAACGAGUAGCGAAUCAACCAGUAACAGAAAGCAGUGAUCAGCCUGAUGUUUGUAUUGUUGAGUUGGGUGGAACUAUAGGAGACAUUGAAGGAAUGCCAUUUGUAGAAGCUUUUAGACAGUUUCAGUUUAGGGUGAAAAAAGAAAACUUUUGCUGUGCUCAUGUAUCUCUAGUGCCACAACCACGAUCCACAGGAGAGCCAAAAACAAAACCCACUCAGUCUAGCGUGAGAGAAUUACGAGGAUUAGGAUUAUCACCUGACCUGAUAGUCUGUAGAUCGGAAAAUCCAAUAGGAGAUUCUGUGAAAGAAAAAAUUUCAAAUUUUUGUCACGUUGCACCGGAGCAGGUCAUAACUGUUCAUGAUUUAUCGUCUAUAUAUCGAGUACCGCUUUUGAUGGAAUCGCAAGGCGUCAUUGAAUUUUUAAAUGACAGAUUACAACUAAAUAUUGGAAUGCCACGACCAAGAUGUUUCAUGCGAAAGUGGAGAGAUUUAGCAGAUCGUAUCGAUCACUUACGAAAAGAGGUGAAUAUCGCAUUAGUAGGAAAAUAUACGAAACUAGAAGAUUCCUAUGCGUCGGUUACGAAAGCGUUGCAACAUGCCUGUAUACAAGCUGGUUAUAAACUUAAAUUAACGUAUAUAGAGGCUGACAAUUUAGAACAAACAAUGAAAACAACAAAUCCUGUAUUGUACCACGAAGCUUGGCAACAACUUUGUAAAAGCAGCGGUGUCAUAGUGCCGGGUGGUUUUGGUAAAAGAGGCAUGCAAGGGAAAAUGGAGGCAUGUAAAUGGUGUAGAAUAAAUGAUAAACCGUAUUUAGGUAUUUGUUUGGGACUACAAGUAGCGGUUAUUGAAUUCGCAAGAAACGUUUUGGGCAUUGAGGAUGCAAAUAGUAUAGAAAUUGAUCCAAAAACUGAUUAUCCUCUCGUCAUAGACAUGCCAGAACAUAAUCCAGGUCAUAUGGGCGGAACUAUGAGACUUGGAAAAAGACGUACUCUAUUUACAGAUGAUAAUUCUAUUAUAAAACAAUUGUAUGGUAACAAGAACUAUAUAGAAGAGAGGCACAGGCAUAGAUAUGAAAUCAAUCCAAAAUAUAUCGAAGAGUUAGAAGAAGCUGGACUGAAAUUUGUAGGUCAUAACGAAGAUAAACUACGUAUGGAAAUAGCCGAAUUAAAAGAACAUAGUUACUAUGUUGCUACUCAAUUUCAUCCGGAAUAUUUAUCGAGACCGUUGAAACCUUCUCCUCCAUUCUUAGGAUUAAUUUUAGCUAGCGUUGGCAAAUUAAAAUAUUAUUUAGCUAGAGGUUGUCGAUUCUCACCUCACGAAGUCAAUGAUAGUGAGUCAGAUAACGAUUACCUCUAUGAUUCCAUGGCGAAACCAGAACUGAGCGAAACACCUAGUAGAAGUAGUAGCACCACAUCGGGCGUUAAUGAUUGAAUUAGUGUCAUUUACGUUGCGACGAAAAUAUUUUUAACGAUGAAAAUAUAUUAUUUGUAUGUAUG